AUGUGGCCUUUUACUCGCUGCGGCGAAGACGCCUGCGAAAUACCUCCUCGCCCUGUCACUCUCGCCUCGUCCAUUGCCGCUCUUCCAUUCCUCUUUAUCUGCAUCUCGACAUCGAUCCUCGUUGUCCGCCAUGUUUUCCCUCGACUAAGUUCCGACGCCGACUCCCGCGACGGCGAAGACCAUGUCCUUCCUACACAUGCGCCAGCUUGUCUGCGACAAGUCCACGCUGAACAUGGUGCUAAAAGCUGGAGGAGGCGCGGCGCUGCCUGGACGUUUGGUCUUACUGUCGGAUUGGCUGCUACGCUGGGUGCGUUGAUCAUGGAUGAGAUUAUCGAGGUUGUGAAUGCGGAUUCAAGAAAUUUGGCUUUGAGAAUAACGGUGCCAAGUCUUCUGUUCCUUUUAGUUGUGCUGGUGCCAUGGCUGGAAUGUCGAUCGGUUGUUACAAGUGCAGGAUGGAGUUUUCAAAGAACGGCCAAAGGAAGACUGCCUCGUUUUGCUUGGGGUUUGCAGGCGGCAUUGUUUUUGGGAUGGUUGUUUGCCUUUUGGUCGGUUGGACAGGCUGUUCCCGAGGGUGCGAUGCGCAAGACGAGCAAUGGAAAUGGAAGCCUGUCGGAUAUGCUCACGCGCGGCUGUUUAGAGCGUAUUGGUGUUGUCGGUAUCUCAUUGAUGGCCCUGCUGUCUGGUUUCGCUGCUGUCUCAUCACCAUGGCACGCAUUCAUGGAUCUUACAGCUCGCAGAAAGCGACCUGUCACUGACGCCGACGUUGCGAGGAAACAAGCUGGAUGGGAUACAGCAAACGAGAUGCUCCUUACUAAGCGCCAUCGUCUGCAGUUCCUCGAGAGAAAGACUUCUGGUGCACAAACUGGAGCUUCUGCCAAGGGCAGCGGUCUGGUUGGCAAAGUCAUGGGCUCUCUGCGUGGUCCGACCGGCGACGAGGCUGAGAUGCGAUCACUAAGAUUGGAGAUCGCUGGCCUCGAGACUAUGGAAUCGAAUCUGGCAUCCGGAGUAUCGUUACUCAAGAGCCACCGAGCAGCGACAGUUCGCGCCUCUACAUCUCUUGGCCGACUUCUUCUUAUCCCUUCUCAACUCUUCAGCUUGUACUGUCUGUACCGUAUUGGCGCAACUACAAUCACGACAAUUCGCCGAGCUUACUCGCCUACGUCAAGUUUUGCCAACACAGAUCCUAUCAACCGCUUUCUAAGUAUUCUCGCUCGCCAUUGGGACCCUAAGCUUGAUCAACUAGCAUGGGCACGACUUAUUAGCUUUGCUCUUAGCGGUGUCAUCCUCCUUGCAAGCGCCAACAGUGUCGUCCAAACAUUCCACCUCUUUGCCAAGUGGACACCCGGUCUACUUCGUCAAGCACAAGCAAAUCUGGCACUGGUUGUCGGACAGAUUGCAGCAACAUAUGUCAUCUCCGCCUCUCUCCUCCUUCGCAGUCAAUUGCCUUCUGCCUUGGGCUCAGCGGUCGGAAGUGUGCUCAGAGGUGCACUGAGCCCUGCCUUCGUGGAUGGCUGGUUCGAAGGAUGGUUUCUCGUAGGCAGCUUGAUGACAGCGAUUGGUAUCUGGGUAGGCAGAAAACUUGGGGGCGACGAUGAGUGGGAUGAGUACGGCAUGGAGGAGAUGGGUGCCAAAAUGUCUUAA